GAGUGCGGAAUGUACUACGUCCGCUUCCCGACCCGCGCAGCGUACAUUUACUUCGAACGGGGAAAACGGCCGAGCAUACAGCGCGUAACCGCAGCAGUGAACGGGACGAAUCUGAUCUUGCGGAAACAAGAGAGUGGCUCCCGCUUAAGGAAAGUAAAGAAGCUGCUGUGCAUCCCACGUUACGCAUCAAGCAGUCAGCCGGGUGACAGACGACAACGGCAAGUUAGACGAGGACGGCCGGCGCCCAGUGACGAUGACGUCGGACAUCAUGAACGAAUCGCUGGCGGCUCCUUCGUCGUGGCCCCCUGCGGCGAGCUUGGUCCAACGGCUGUGGACCCACAGGGACCCCCGCGUCAAGGACUGGGGCGUCAUAACAGACGCGCGGUUCAUGCUUCCGCUACUGGCCGCCUACGUCUACUUCGUCAAGAUCGGCGGACCCCGCUGGAUGAAGAACAGGCCCGCGUUCGAGCUCAGGCUUCCCAUUCUGCUCUACAACCUGUUCAUGGUCGUGGCCAACGCGCUCUUCGUGGCCAAGUUCCUGAAGCACUCGUACAUCGACGGCGGCUACAGCUUCUUCUGCCAGGGGAUCGAUUACUCGGCCGUCGACGAGAACACCCUGGCCCUUCUGAAGACAGCCUGGUGGUACGCGUUUGUCCGGAUAGGGGACUUUCUGGACACCAUAUUCUUCGUGCUGCGCAAGAAGAACUCGCACGUCACGUUCCUGCACGUGGUGCACCACUUCAUCGUCGUCUUCGACUGCUGGAUUUGGAUUAACUUUGGUCACGAUGGCCAGGUCAUUCUCGGAGUGUGCGUGAACGCCUCGGUCCAUGUGAUUAUGUACGCCUACUACUUUCUGGCCGCCCUGGGACCCGAAGUUCGCAAGCACCUUUGGUGGAAGCGGUACCUGACCACGAUCCAGAUUUUCCAGAUGGUCUUCGUCGUGCUGCACAUGCAGAUUCCGCUCUUCUACGACUGCGGAUACCCGAGAGCCUUCUGCAUCAUCGAGAUUCUGCAACUGUGCAUGGGCAUAACCCUUUUCAUCAACUUCUACUUGAAGACCUACAGAUCGCACAGCGGCAAAGUUUCGGACGUAGCGAAGACUCGCAAGACUGAAUGAGUGCUCUUAGGCGCGAAUGGAAUUUCAAUGAGGUACGAACAGUUUACAGGGUUUUUUUCGCACCGCGCCCGCGAGGCGACUAUGCGAUAUUAUAACGAGCGAGUCGGGAGCACCGUAGCGUAUUUCCUUCCCAAAAAAUACUGAUGUAUAUAUUAACUCAAACGACUUCGACAGUGCAUUCAUAUGCUUCCUUCCGCAUGCCAGACCGUUUGCGAGCACGCGUCACCUGAGGUAAGCCACGAGCACUUGAAACGAUUAAUUCAUCUGCUUUAUCAUUACAGCAAAUCAUUUAAUGAAAUAUGGGCCUCGCUUGCAUUGCUUUGCAAGAUGUUAAGCGACGCGAAUACAUGUGUAGGUACCGAGGAAUACGGUGACAAAAGUUUUUACUUCACCGUUGGGAUGUUUCGCAUUCAGCAGCCGUUCUUUCUUCCUAGCUCAGGUAUUUUCAUGCAAGAUGUUCAUUUUGCCAAAUUUGAGAAGAGCGGUGCCGUGGCUCUGUUGUUGCACAUAGUACAUUUCAAACGUGUCUGUGAAAGAAUGACACACUUUGCGGAUGGCUAUACCAGAACAUUUUUGUACUACUAUCGCACGGUCGCAUAUAUGUAUGUAUAUAUCUAAUAAAACAGUUCACCAUCGCUA